CUUUUUUAAUAUUUAAUGUUUGGCAUUUGAACUCUACAGAUCACUGACCACAACUAUGAAGGAGCUCAGUGGUAUCCUCUCGCUCGAUGGGCAUUCUCUUCCCAACUCGCUAGUAGCUGGCUUGACGGUCCUCCUUGCAUGGUUCAUCGUCCUCUGUCUUUAUCGCCUGUAUUUCAGCCCUACCGCACAUUUCCCUGGACCCAAAUUGGCCGCCUUAACACAGUGGUAUGAGGUAUACUAUGAUGUUUAUCUCAAUGGCCAGUUCACAUUGCACGUGAAAGAGUUGCACAAGAAGUAUGGUCCCAUUGUCCGAAUCAACCCUUGGGAGCUGAGCAUCAACGACCCCGAGUUCUACGAAACAAUCUAUUCCACCACCUCCCGCUUUGACAAAGUCCCUGAGCAUCAAUGGUGGGGAAAUGCAGCGACUUCCGCUCAAUCAACCGUGUCUCAUGAUCUCCAUCGACUUCGACGAGCAGCACAAAAUCCAUUCUUCUCGAAGCGCCAGAUUUCACUCUACGCCCCUGAAAUCCAAGCGCGAGCGGAUAAGUUAUGCAAUCGAUUGAACUCGGAAUACAAGGACAACGAGAAAGUCCUCCAAAUGACAUCAGUCCUCGGCUGUUUCACAGCAGAUACUGUGACAGAAUAUGCUUUUGCUAAGGACUACAAGUAUUUGGAUUCACCAGACUUUCAAGCUAGAUUUGUGAAAACAAUGCAAGAGCUUGGCAAGAAUAUGCAUGUACUGAUGCUGUUUCCUUGGCUGCUGUCCAUCUUGGUUGCCUUACCGGAGUGGUUUGUCACGAAGUUGGAUCACCAGAUUGGCGAGAUCUUUGCCUUUCAAGCGGACAUUAAAAAACAGAUCCUGGAUGUCAAAGCCGGGAGAAACGAAGCGCACAGGCACGCAUCUCAUCCCACGAUUCUCAAAGAACUGAUAGAUUCCAAUCUCCCACCACAAGAAAAAACUAUGGAAAGAUUGCAGCACGAAGGUCAGGUGAUUGUCGGUGCAGGCUUAGAGACGGUUAAAUGGACGAUGUGCGUAGCAAUAUUCCACGUCCUCGACAAGCCAGAAAUCAAGCAACGUCUGGAUGCCGAAUUGUUGAAAGCGUGGCCAGAUAUUGAUGAUCCCCCAAAAUUGACCGACUUGGAAAGUCUCCCUUAUUUGACAGCUGUAAUUCAAGAAGCCCUGCGCCUUUCGUACGGAGUUGCGUUUCGCCUCCCUCGUACCUCAAGCGCGCCCAUCCAAUACAAAUCCUACACCAUCCCACCAGGAACGCCCUUCUCAACCUCAAUCUACUACCUGCACCACAACGAGGACGUGUUCCCCUCCUCAAACACCUUCGAACCCUCUCGCUGGCUAGCGGAUUCAAUUACUGGCCGUCCACCACUUGGUCCAGAUGGGGAAAAAUUGCUGACGAGGUAUCUGAAUCCCUUUUCUAGGGGGACGAGACAGUGUUUAGGCAUGCAUUUGGCGUGGGCGGAGAUGUAUCUUUGCUUGGCGAAUUUGUUUCGGAGGUGUGAGAUUGAGUUGUACCAGACGACCGAGAAAGACGUGACGAUGCACAGUGAGCAAUUCUUGGCGCUUCCUCAUCCUGAUAGCAAGGGGAUCAGGGUGUUGAUUCGUUGAGGCGAUUGCCGUUGGAAGAUGCGAAAGGGACAUGUGGCGCUGCGCCCUUAUGGCAGAUCAUUCGUGGAUCGUACCAGGACCUUGCGCCUUCCUAAUUCGGCCGCAGUAAUAUUGUCCUAAAAAUACCCCUGAAAGUGCUAAAAGACUCAUCCUCCAUAUGUUCUUUG